AUGUUUGGGCACGGUCUCGUCACAUCUCGGAUCGUGUUCCUGCUGGGAUGGAUCAUAUUGAUGUUAAAUCACGUACUACCGGCAGGUAUUACACGCUGUCACUGUUACCAUUCAUCGUUCGAAUGCGGCAAAGAUUCGUUCAACGUAGAAAAUAACCUUAAAAGCUCACUUCUUUGCAAUGGCUACCGUGUGGAUACGCGCCCAAGACAUGAUUACAACCAGACGGUGAACGUUACCUUGUCUUUCCACGUGCUAACUUAUGAAUUGAAAGAAUCGGACCUGCUUAAUCUAGGCGUAUGGAUGGAUAUGCAAUGGACCGACGAUUUACUCCGUUGGAACAGCACGCAAUGGAGCGGCAUUGAGCGUCUGGCGAUCAAUUCGGACGAGAUCUGGUUACCAGACUUUCGGCAUUUUUCGUCCUUCUACAAUCCAGAGGAGUUGCCCGAUUGUGCCAACCCGAAGUGUUCCGUUGCGAUGAAUGGUACGGUGAUUUGCUUACCGGUGUGUACCAUAAACGCUAAAUGUGACGCAGAUUACUCCCGCUGGCCAUUCGAUACGGUACGGUGCAACAUGUGGUACGGGAUGUGGGCUCACUCGAUGGAUGAGGUCGACAUACAUUUAAUAGACGUCUGUCUCGGAAAAAAUCACGAAUUCAAAAGUCCAGAAUGGGCUGUUGUUGCACUCGAGAAUGGUCGGUCGACAGUUCAAACCGCAGAUGAAAUGAUUUAUCCCGUUCUAAAUGUAGGAAUGGUGCUUAUUAGACGAGCUAGUUUUGAGCAUGUGGCUGUCGUUGGGCCGAUAUUGGUUUUAGCAUUGCUGAAUCUUUACAUCGUUUGGCUACGAUCGACCAGUUUCGAAAGGAAAGUGUUGCUCGCUUUGUCAACAUUCUCUCACUUUAGCUACGUAAAACAACUGGAGUGGGCGCUCCCAUCCAGCCGUGAUACGCUACCUGAUUGCCUGAUCUUUUUGGUAUGUUCCACUGUCCUGAGUGUUGUGCUGCUUUUUUUCACCUUACUCAACUGCUGGAUUCGAAUGCGGCACAGCGACGUACCUGCAACAGGAUCAUUUAUCGAUCGCAUAACAGGCUCAUUUUCGCAGAGUCGUGUUGCUGAACUGCUACUGGCUGCUGACUAUCUGGAACUGAACUACAUCGUAGACGUGCAACAAGAGGAGAAAUCCAACUUUUGGGAGAGGUUUGGAAAGUUAUUCGAUCGUGCUCUGGCGAUUGUUUGCGUCAUUGUUUAUGUUGUGCUUGUAUGGCUAUUCAUACCAUUCAGCCAUCGUUUAGAUGAGCUGUCUGGAGUGAAAUGUCUCGUAGCAGCAUAG